AUGUGGUUCAUCUGGUCCCUCGCUCUACCCUUCGCCUACCUCCUCGGCAGCACCGCCCUCUCCCUCGCGACCAACUACGCCGCCGCCCGCAAGACGGGCCUCCCGCUGGUCAUCAGCCCCGUCAGCAAGCUCAACCCGCUGUGGCUCGUCCUCCAGCGGCGCCUGGCGCCCUGGAUGAGGCGGAACCUGCCCGCCCCGCUCACCUCCUGGACGCGCCACAACGUGCUCAGCUGGUUCUUCGACGACAAGUACCUCCUCUUCGCCGACCUGGGCAGCAGGUCCUGGCUGCACGUGACGCCCCGCGAGCUCGAGCUCCACUGCGCCGACCCGGCCGUCAACGCGCAGGUGUUUGGGAGGCGGGGGCACUUCGACAAGCCCGCCGACGUGCUGCACCUCGUCGACAUCUACGGCCCCAACAUCUCGUCCGUGACGGGCGUAGAGUGGCGCCGCCACCGCCGCGUCACGGCGUCGCCCUUUAACGAGCGCAACAACCGCCGCGUCUGGGACGAGGCACUCCGGCAGGCCGCGCAGGCCGGGGCGUGCUGGAGCGGGAGCGGCGCGGAGGGGUUCAACACCACCGCCGCGGACACGGUGGCCGUGUCGCUGAAUAUCCUGGCGACCGCCGCGCUGGGGGAGUCGUGGGACUUCCGGCCGGCGCAUGAUGCGGAGAACGAGAAGCAUGGGGCCCAGGGCGGCGAUGUCCAGGCCGCGAGCAGCUACCGCGAGAGCCUGCACGUCCUCCUGAGCAGCGUGCGGACGCUGGUGGUCACGCCCAAGUGGGUGUACCGCCUCCCCGGGUGGUGCAUCCCGAGCGGGUACCUAUCGCGGUUCGUGGAGGCGCGGCGGGUGUUCGGGAGGCACAUGGAGGAGAUGGUGCGGCAGCGCAAGGCGGACAUUGCGAGCGGGGACUUGAGGACGGACGACUCGACGUUCCUCAGCGCGCUGGUGCUCAAGUCCGAGGAGGUCCGGCGGGAGGAGGAGAGCGGGAAGGGGGCUGGCGGCGGCGGUGGUGUCAAGGCGAGCCUGAGCAAUGAUGAGUUGUAUGGCAACCUGUUUACUUAUAACCUUGCCGGCCACGAGACCACGGCCAACACGCUUAGCUUUGCCAUCUACCUGCUCGCUGCGUUCCCGGAGUGGCAGGAGUGGGUGCGCGAGGAGGUCGAUGCGGUGUACACGGUAUCUGCGGACGGACAGGUGAACACGGCUUACGAGGACGUGUUCCCCAACUUGAAACGCUGCCGUGCAUUCUUGUUCGAGACACUCCGAUUCUACGCCCCGGUGCUCAGUAUCAACAAGGCCACCGUCGGCCCUCAUGGCCAGGAGUUGUUGAUAGACGGCAGGUCCGUUCUCCUUCCGCCCGGGACGACAGUAGCGCCGAACGUGAUCGCGUCUCACACGAUGCCCGAGCAUUGGGGGGAGGAUCACAUGGUCUUCAGGCCGGGGCGAUGGAUCGAACAACCCGGUGACACCGCCUCCGAGGUGCUUCUCGACCUGCCCGCCUCGGUCAGAGAAAAGACGACGUCUCCCGAUGGCAAAGGCAUCACAUUCUUCCCUUGGUCAUCUGGUGGUCGCGUCUGCCCGGGCAAGAAAUUCUCUCAGGUCGAGGUGUUGGCCGUUGUUUCGAGUAUCUUGCGGGAUUAUAAAAUAGAAGUCGUGCCAGAGGGUUUGGAGACGGAGGAACAGGCGCGGAAGCGGUGCCUCGCGGUCAUCGAGGACACAUAG